CCAAAACAGCAGGGGUCCUCGCGCCGCCGAAGAUCGUGAACCUCGAGGCAGGACAUAGUAAGGACCGAGAUCAAUCACCUUACCCGAAGCUACCAUCUGCGCGUCUACUUGCAAGCAAGUCGUCAAGAUGAGCAGCGAACCGUUCUACGUGAGAUACUACUCUGGCCACCAGGGACGUUUCGGACACGAAUUCUUAGAGUUUGAUUUCCGAGUGUUGGGAGACGGUGGUAGUGCAUCUGCACGAUACGCCAACAACUCCAACUACCGCAAUGAUUCUCUCAUUCGAAAAGAGAUGUGCGUGAGUGAUGCUUUGGUCGCUGAAAUCAAGCGCAUUGUCAAGGAGAGCGAAAUCCUAAAAGAGGACGAUACAAAGUGGCCACAGAAGAACAAAGACGGCCGUCAGGAACUCGAGAUCAGGUUGGGUAGCGAGCACAUCUCAUUCGAGACCGCCAAAAUUGGAUCUCUGCAAGAUGUACAGGACUCGUCAGAUCCGGAAGGGCUCCGCGUCUUUUACUACCUCGUUCAAGACCUGAAGGCUCUGGUCUUCUCAUUAAUAUCCCUGCACUUCAAGAUCAAGCCCAUCUAGAUACCCAGCCUCUUGCUGGAGGCGAUGAAGUGCGACUCUUGGGACGACUAUUCUCGACGUGGUUCUACCGCGAGUGCACAUGGACCAAGCUCAUUGUGUGUAGGGUCAGGCGCCUGGAGUACGGUGACGCUGGCAUAGCCUGGACGCACGCCAGCUAAGCGCAGGGGCCAUGCAGUGGCAGGACACGCGCAUUUGCGGCCCGCAGCAUGAAAAAGAACGUUUGACUCUUCCGUCAGACUUCGAUUAGACAUAAAGCCAAACGAAUGACUUCGAACCAGAGCAGUUGCUUGUCUGCACUUUGCGCGAUUACAGCCACUAUGCAAAUAUGAUCGUGUGAUCUUCGGCC